GUCCGAAACAGUUAUCAUGAGCUCCAUGCAGUCAAAUUCCUCUGCAAAUGUGACUUUUGUUCGUCCUGCAACAUUUUUCAUCAAUGGCUUUUCUAAUGUUCCACAUGCAAAAUACUACUAUGUGUUCUUGUCUUUAGUGUAUGUUGUGACUGUUUUAGGGAAUUCAUUUAUCAUGUGUAUCAUAUAUUUGGCCCGCAGACUUCACACAGCCAAAUACAUUGCUGUUUUUCAUCUGGCCUUUUCUGACCUGUGUGGAAGCUCAGCUUUGAUUCCAAAAGUCAUUGACACAUUUUUAUUUGAGCAUCAGGUUAUUUCAUUUGAAGCAUGUUUGGCAAAUAUGUUUUUUGUAUAUCAUUUCAUGAAUCUGCAGUCUUUGACACUACUUGUUUUGGCUUAUGACAGACUUGUUGCUAUUUGUUUUCCUCUACAGUAUCAUGCCAUUGUAACCAAACCAGCCAUGUUUCUGAUCAUAGGUGUGAUGUGGAUGUUGUCUGUCACAUUUUUUUCUGUACUUGUAAGUUUGCUAAAUAGACUCUCUUUGUGUAGAUCUAAUGUGAUCGAUAGUUAUUUUUGUGAUCAUUUCCUUAUUUAUAGACUUGCUUGCAAUGAUAAUUCUAUAAAUAUUUUGAUAGGAAAAAUUAGCUUUGGUCUCCUGAUUUGCACACCACUAAUACUGAUCAUCAUCACAUAUUUCUGUAUUUCUGUGGCUCUGCUUAAGAUUGCUCAUGGUGCUGACCGGAUCAAAGCCAUAAAAACCUGCACCUCACAUCUCAUUUUGGUGACAAUUGGUUAUCUCCCAAUUAUAAGCAAUAAUAUUGCAUCUAUAACAACACUUUUCCAUCCAAACACCCGGUUAAUAAACAAUUCCCUGACACAGACAAUACCUCCUAUGCUGAAUCCUAUCAUAUACACUCUAAAGACAGAAGAGGUCAUGCAGUCCAUAAAAGAACUGUACAAACGACGCAAGAUGAAUACUGUUGUAGAAAGAAGAAUAAAAUGCAACUGGAAGAAUUCAAAACAAAAAUUACAGGUUUAA